AUGCGGACUUGGACUGUUGGACAGCCUGAAGUCGAAGCAAUGAGGCUUAUCUUGGAGCACACUGACGUUCCGGUCCCCGAAAUCGUUUUUCCUCCUAACAUCCGUCCUCCAGAUCAAUAUAGCGAGAUUACGAUGACAAUCAUACCCGGGGCGCCUCUAGAUCGCAAGUGGGAUAUGCUAGAUGAAGGGGCUAAAGAGUCGAUAUGUCUUCAACUCUGGGGUCUGAUAUCGAGAAUCCGAACCAUUUCUCCUCCAGAGGAACUUUACCAGUGUGCUGCAGAUGACUCUCCAUCCCAGGACCCAAUGCUAGUGGAUCUAUAA